GCCGGUGUGGCAGCUGCUCUCAGUUUUCUCUCUGGAUAAAGAGAACAGACACUCUCGGCCGCGAUUGUCAUUAAAGUGCGCAAAGUGCGUAACUGGUGCAGCAACGAGGAGCUGGUGCGACUCGAGCGAUUCCGAAUUAGCGAAGAAGAUACGAGAGUACGCGUAAAAUCAUGCCGUCCGUAACGUUAAAAGACGUGGACCAGCAGAAGUUCGUGAAGGCAUUCGCAGCCUUUCUCAAGAAAACCGGCAAGAUGCGCGUGCCAGAAUGGGUGGACAUCGUGAAGACUGCCAAAUUCAAGGAGCUGGCGCCCUACGACCCCGACUGGUACUACAUCAGGUGCGCGGCCCUGGUGCGCCACAUUUACAUCCGAAGUCCCAUCGGGGUCGGCGCGGUGACGAAGAUCUUCGGCGGACGCAAACGCAACGGCACUCAUCCCAGCCACUUCUGUCGCUCGGCGAGCGGUGUAGCGCGCAAAGCGCUGCAGAGCCUGGAGCAGCUCAAGCUCAUCGAGAAGGCGCCUCUCGGCGGACGUAAACUGACCAGUCAGGGUCGCAGGGACCUCGAUCGUAUCGCCGCGCAAGUAAAAGCUAAGAGCAAAAAGCAGCUCAAGCUUCAAGAGACGGUUGUAAUUUAAAAACUCUGUAAUAACAAAAAUGUAAAAUCUUAACUCUAUUCGUUAGAUAUACACGAGUGUAUAUAACUUUAUCGUUUUAACAAAAUUUAUUGAAUUAUAUUCAAGAAUUGGAAAUUCACGAUUCGGGCUUCGAGGAUACCUUCUACUUCACAUUAAAGCUAAAAGCAAAAAGCAGCUGAAGCUUCAAGAGACUGUUGUAAGUUAAAAACGUUUCUCUGUAAUAAAAAAAAUGUAAAUCUCAA